UUACGAUAUUAUGAUGAUGAUAAGAAUGGGGAAGACGGCGUGCCCUUGCGUAUCACAGCUCCCGCAGCGCCGCCGUGGCCCGCGCCCAAUGUCGACCGCGGGGAGCCGCAUCGCUUCCUUCCUCAGCGGCGCCGCCGCCCGAUUCGGGAAGGUGCCCUGGCGGGAGAUCCGGGAGGAGGCCUUCGACCGUGCCGUCCUCGUCCUCAAGGCCGCCUGCUUCGUCCACGUCGUCAACACCUACGUCGUCGGCAUCGCCUUCGUGCGCGGCCCGAGUAUGCUGCCCACCAUCAAUCUCACCGGCGACGUCGUUGCCGUGGAGCGCGUCUCGCCGCGCUGGGGAUCUCUGGCCGUUGGGGACGUGGUCAUCCUCUUGUCGCCGGAGAAUCCGAGGAAGACCGUCGCCAAGCGGGUGCUGGGGCUCGAGGGCGACGCCGUCACCUUCCUCGUCGAUCCCGCUCGCGGGAGCGCGUCUCAGACAGUCGUGGUACCGGGAGGCCAUGUAUGGGUGCAGGGAGAUAACAUAUAUUCUUCAAGAGAUUCGAGGCAAUUCGGUCCUGUACCUUACGGGCUUAUCCAAGGGAGAGCUUUUUGUAAGGUCUGGCCACCUGAAGCUGUUGGAUUGAUUGGACAAAAGUUGUAACUGGCUAACUGCACAAAGUUGCGACAAACAAACAUGGUUGCAGCCGCUGUUAGUUGAGAGCUUUACCAACAGUUUGUUGGAUCUGUGAAGGUUGCCUCAUUUGUUCUUAAGAUUGCCGAUAGAGUUACAGACAAGUUUUUAACUCUACAUUCACCAAUUUGUGGUGCUAGCAACUUAGUUUUCUGUGAAUUGUCAGAGAGAGGUGGUGAGUGUUUGUAUACUUGCAAGUUAAAGUUUACUUGGAUUCAGUUGAUUGAUACUUUCCAAAAAUAUUCUAAUUAAUCAUUUGUUCUCUGCAAA